AAAAUGUGAAGUAAUUAUUAAAAUUUAAGGAGUCACCUGUAUUUCACAUUACUAGUUGCUGGCGAUUUUACAUACCUAAAAUGAUAGAUUACCCUUUAGUUUGUCUAUAGGCUAAAGGCCUAGAUAAUUAAUAACCUUAUCUAAGGCAAAUAAAAUUUUAAAUUAUUAAUAUAAGUAUACAUUAUAUAUUAGUAUGCUUAUUGCUUAACACUAAUAAUACUAAUUAUAGUUGUCACAAAUCUUCUGCAAAAAAUCUUGUAAAUAUGUUUUAUUAUUUAAAACAUGAUUUUUGUGUUUAUUCAUUAAAACGGAGUAAAUAAAUUAGCAAAUGUUUUUAAAGAGGAGCACCAUGUGUAUCCUGUUUUUUUCUUGAUAUAUAUAUUUACUUUACUAAAUUUGUUAUUUAUUUUCUGCUACCAUGGUAUAAAGAUUAUGGUCUUAUGACUGUCAUUAUAUAUCUGAUUGUUCAGUCACAAUCCAAUGUAUCUGUAGCCUAGCUAAUAAGCUAUUAAUAACCUAGCUCAGUUUCUCAUUUGUAGUUUAAAUUUAUCUUACACAAGCACAGGUCAUUAUGGGACAGAAAUAUACUUAUCCUUGAAAAUGAAAAUCAAUUUCACAUAAGACAGCAUAAAAAAGUAACCAAAAACAUACACAAAAUUAUAAAAUAUAACUUGUUCCAAAAGGAGAUAGAUCCCAUACUUCUUGACAAACUUCCUGAUGUACUUCCUGAUGCUUGACCACAGCUCAAUGCUGCAAAGAUUUUGACUGUUGUAAUGGACAAAUAUAAACCUUUACCCAGCAUGAAAACAGACUACACAGAUGGUCUUGUGCUGCGCAUGUUGGAUGGGUUGGGCAGCAACAAAUAUAAAUCAGUGGACUAUGAGCGCCUGCGUGCCAGUGUCACAGAGAAAAGGUUCGGAUCCCUCAAGACCCUGAUGAAAGUCAACAAGAUGGAACAGCAAUCCCAGCAGCACAGAGAGAACACUCUGCUCAAACAGCACCACUUGGUCUGGCAGAGGGAGUUUCUACGGCUUCAACAGUGCAGAAGAAAGGUGGAGACUGAGCUGGAUGCUCACAUGAAAACAAACAGAGACUCCCUGGUCUGUGGACACAUCUACAAGGACUUUGACUACAUGGAGGCGUCCUUGUCAGCUGAUCUGGAUGGUUUUAAGAAGAACACAUGUGAGCCAGUGUGGAACAUGAGGGAGGACCUGAAGUAUUGGCUGGCUGAGAAGAGAGAGGACCUCAAGUACGGAGCACCAGAGGUCAUUGAGCAACAUGCGGCCAUUCAGUCCACUGUGGCCCACGUCAAGUCUCAGCAGGAGGCCAUUCUAGGCAAGCUGGCCACUGAGCAGAACUGCUUGGAGACAGAAUUACAAUCAGAAUCCCUGAUGGAGCUGUGUCCACCCACCCAUGAAAAACACUGUGUGGUCAGCCCAGGUAUCCCACAGGAAGCCCUGGAGCUAGAGUGCACUGAUCUGCUGCUCAAGUCCAACGUCCUGCAGGAGUUUACAAUCAUUGAUGACAAGUAUCAGAGCUUAAUAGAGGAGCUGGGACACAAGCAUGCCUUAGCUACAAGCUGUGACUCAUCUGGGUACUGGAGUCCUGAGGAACAUUUUCUGUUUGUUGCCGUCCAUGACCAGUAUCCAAGGGAGCUCCCUAACCGACGGAUGCUGCUCUUUGACAGGCUAAGGCGACAUCUACCUCACAAGUCACGGUCCAAUUUGUCAGACCAUGAGGACUGGUGGCUGGACUACAAGUAUUACCAUGAGAGGCUGAAAGCCGUUUGUUCUGAUUGGGCCAGGGACAGACGGGAGCUGUUGCAUAAAGCCCAGAUGGUUUUCUCUGAGGCAGCCAUCGCGCAGGAGCUGGAGGAGGUCAAAUGUGAAUAUUAUCAUCGGCAGAAACAGCUGUGCCAAGUCUUGUAUGAGAGAGUAAAAGAGUGGAGGGAGCAGAAGCUGGAGAUGCUGCAGCUUGAGGCCAAGUUGAAAGAAGAGCAGAGGAGAGAGGCUCAGGAGAGAGAGCUGAGAGAGCAAGAAGCAGAGAGAAAAAGAAGGCUCAAGGAAAAAGAAGUUAUUGGACAAUACAACAUGAUCAAAGAAAAAAAACGUUUAGAAAUGGAAGAGGCUACGAAGAGAAGGUUGAAGGAACUGAAGGAAUUGAUGGAGAAACAGGCAGCUUUUGAUAGAGAUCGCAUUAAGUUCAGGGAGGAACAAAUCUCAAGAAAAAUUGAUGAAAGAAAAAAGAAAGAAGAAGAAAAGGCACAAGAGGCUGAGGAAAUGGAGGCAAGGCUGGAAGCAUUGAGGGCUCAGGUGCGUGUCAUAGCUGACAGUGACCCGCUUAGGACAACUCAAGGAACAAAGGCAUGGGAGUCGAGACUGCGGCCAGAAGAGCAGGAGGAUGUUCCCAUGCUGGAGCCCCUCUUUAAAAUCAACAGCUACACGUCUAAGCAGAUUACAUCAGACCACAGAAUCAGACUGGAGCAGCGCCUACGUGAAGCUGGUCUCCUCAACACAGACUACGGGAGACAUGUGAUCAGACACGCCACACCCCCCAUUCAGCCACGGAAAGAUCAGCUGCAUACCUUCAAAUUUUCUGAUUCAUGAUUUGUCCUACCUCAAGUAGAGAUAGGACAUGAUUUGUCCUACCUCAAGUAGAGAUUAGACAUGAUUUGUCCUACCUCAAGUAGAGAUAGGACAUGAUUUGUCCUACCUCAAGUAGAGAUAGGACUUGAUUUGUCCUACCUCAAGUAGAGAUAGGACAUUGUAGAUUGCUUGAAUUUGUUGUUUCAGUGGAUUUGUCCUUGUGGAUUGUUUGUGUUUGUAUGAGUCAUGAUAGAAUGGACAUUCCCACGACAAACAGCCUCUAAUGUUCCCACAACAGCCUCUAAUGUUCCCACAACAAACAGCCUCUAAUGUUCCCACAACAAACAGCCUCUAAUGUUCCCACAACAAACAGCCUCUAAUGUUCCCACAACAGCCUCUAAUGUUCCCACAACAAACAGCCUCUAAUGUUCCCACAACAGCCUCUAAUGUUCCCACAACAAAACAGCCUCUAAUGUUCCCACAACAAACAGCCUCUAAUGUUCCCACAACAAACAGCCUCUAAUGUUCCCACAACAAACAGCCUCUAAUGUUCCCACAACAAACAGCCUCUAAUGUUCCCUCAAUAAACAGCCUCUAAUGUUCCCACAACAGCCGCUAAUGUUCCCACAACAAACAGCCUCUAAUGUUCCCUCAAUAAACAGCCUCUAAUGUUCCCACAACAAACAGCCUCUAAUGUUCCCACAACAGCCUCUAAUGUUCCCACUACAAACAGCCUCUAAUGUUCCCACAACAGCCUCUAAUGUUCCCUCAUUAAACAGCCUCUAAUGUUCCCACUACAAACAGCCUCUAAUGUUCCCUCAAUAAACAGCCUCUAAUGUUCCCACAACAGCCUCUAAUGUUCCCACAACAGCCUCUAAUGUUCCCACAACAAACAGCCUCUAAUGUUCCCACAACAGCCUCUAAUGUUCCCUCAAUAAACAGCCUCUAAUGUUCCCACAACAAACAGCCUCUAAUGUUCCCACAACAAACAGCCUCUAAUGUUCCCACAACAAACAGCCUCUAAUGUUCCCACAACAGCCUCUGAUGUUCCCACAACAAACAGCCUCUAAUGUUCCCUCAACAAACAGCCUCUAAUGUUCCCUCAAUAAACAGCCGCUAAUGUUCCCACAACAGCCUCUAAUGUUCCCUCAAUAAACAGCCUCUAAUGUUCCCACAACAGCCUCUAAUGUUCCCUCAAUAAACAGCCACUAAUGUUCCCACAACAAACAGCCUCUAAUGUUCCCACAACAGCCUCUAAUGUUCCCUCAACAAACAGCCUCUAAUGUUCCCACAACAGCCUCUAAUGUUCCCACAACAAACAGCCUCUAAUGUCCCCACAACAGCCUCUAAUGUUCCCACAACAGCCUCUAAUGUUCCCACAACAAACAGCCUCUAAUGUUCCCUCAAUAAACAGCCGCUAAUGUUCCCACAACAGCCUCUAAUGUUCCCACAACAAACAGCCUCUAAUGUUCCCACAACAAACAGCCUCUAAUGUUCCCUCAAUAAACAGCCGCUAAUGUUCCCACAACAGCCUCUAAUGUUCCCACAACAAACAGCCUCUAAUGUUCCCACAACAGCCUCUAAUGUUCCCACAACAGCCUCUAAUGUUCCCACAACAAACAGCCUCUAAUGUUCCCACAACAAACAGCCUCUAAUGUCCGCACAACAGUGGGAACGGUUGAAUGUUGAUCAGCCAAUAAUCUGUGUGAAUAAAUGUAAGAAUUUGAUCUGCUCUCUGUCUAUUUGAUUGUCAUUGUCUUUGGCAGGUCCAUCAAAUAUUAAAAUAUUUAAUUUUUGG